CGAACAUGCAUGAAAUAAUCAUAUAAUACAUCACCUACUUCAAAUUUGAAGGAGCAAGCGAUUGGUCGAGAGAAAAAGAGAGCGAGCGAGAGCGCGCGCGCGCGCGCAUUGGCAGCGUGUUCACCUGAUUGCGGGGUUUCUUUUCAUCUUCUGCCGCAUCAAAGGGUCAUUUCGCCCGCGGCGCCGAAAAUGAAGUGAUCGCCAGCGCCGUAAACAUCUUCACAGACGCGUCUCACCCACAGCGUGACCAUGAAGAAGAGCAAACCGAUUGCUCUGGACCGGCGCGAUGUUCAUUCCCUGCUGGAUGUGAUCGGCGGCUUCGGUGCCGUAGUCGCGCUGGGGAUCGUUGCCAUGCUGUCGGUGUGCGCAGCGUUCUUCAUUUACCGAUCCUUUAGAGGUCAGCGCGGGAAGAGCGACGAGGAUAACGGCAACGAAACGACCGUAGCGACGGGAGAAGGGAGCGCGGCUCGGAGGAGGAGGAGAGAGAGGGAUGAUCGACCUGCCGAGUCAACAGGAGAAUGUCAGGAUGAAAAGCAGAAGAGCAGUGAAUCCACUGAACUCUCAUCCACCGAUAACAUGCUCCUUCCUACUGAGGUGCCAGAGAAAGACCCGAAUGAAAGCACUCUUAAGGAUUUGGAGGAAAUUACAGAUGAGCUCCUAACAGACCUGGAACCCGAAAUGGGAGAAAAAACGGAUUCCGAUCUGGAUCAGUGCGUGGAAAUGGAUCCUGAUGAAAACACGGAGUGUGAGGAACAUAUUCGGCGUGAUGAUGGGCGCGAGGUUUUGGCUGACGUGAGUCUAGGUGACAUCCAGUGCAAAUCAAUCAAGAGGGAAAUUGAGGAAUGCCUUGAAAAGUCUGUGAGUUUGGACACCGAUGAGCCGUCUGAAACGGAAAGCGCUCGGGACGUCAUUUAUCAGACAAGUCGAGAUCGCAUCACCGCUCGAAGCAAUUCUUGUCUAGACCGAGCCCCAUCCACUCCCAGCGAGAUCCAAUUAGAGGAAAAGACGUCAACGGUGGAAGAAGCCGAGAACACGAGCAAGAAGUUUGAAGAUCAUCAUGAUUGGCGUUUUCCGCGAACAAAUAACUUUGAUUGCUGUUGCUGGGAUAAGAAGACGGACACGAUGGAGAAAACAAAAGGCCAGCCAUGGUUUCACACUGGAAGCUACGCCACAGACGCCAUAAACCUGAGCCCGGCUGUGGAAACCAUGGUUAACCACAGCGGCAGGUUUGACUUCCAGAACUACUUGGGUUUCCAGACUGAUAAUAUCUUCAUGACCGGUUCUUCAACACGGGUGAGCCUCUCGCAAGACAAGAAAAGCGCCGAAGAGGGUGCUUCCGCGGAUAAGAAACGCGAAAAGAAUGAAAUCAGCAUCAUGGACGCUAUCAUGGACAACAACGAGUGGCUAAACGUAGGUGCGCCCGAGGCCAGAGAUCUUCCAUGGCUUUCGCCAGCCGCAAGCGAAGAAAAACAGACGCAACGAGAAAAAGAAGGGCAAGACGAGGCCGAUUUAGCCAAAGACGAUGAAGAACCGGUGAAUAAAAGAGUAGCGACUGUUCCUCCUCUAUCGCAAGCGGUCAACGUGACCUUCAGGAUUCACUACGUCACAUAUUCUCCGGACCAGCUGGUGGCUGUUACCGGGAGCCUGCAGGAACUGGGGGCCUGGGAGAGAUUCGUUCCGCUGCAGAGAGCCAAGGCCGGGUUCUGGGCCAGCACUAUGAGCCUCCCCGUGGAGAGCCAGGUGGAGUGGAAGUUCGUCCUGGUGGAAGAUGGAAGGAUCUCUCGCUGGGAGGAGUGCGCAAACCGCUAUCUCUUUUUAACGAGCCAAGAUGAAGACCUCUAUCUUGACAAGUGUUGGGGAUGUUGUUGAACUCGGAGGUUACCAUCUUCUAGGGCUGCACGAUUAAUCAAAAUUAAAUGGAAAAUUGCGAUAAGACUGCGGUUUAAAUAAAGAGAAGCGAGCUGCAAUAUGUUUUUACAAAGUGAUCAGUUUAUUCGGAUUUUCUCAUCACGGUAAGUGGCUUUAGAUAAUAAAGAUAAAAAAAUAAAGACUGCAUUAAGUACUAGUAUGGUAAUGUAAAAUUAAAUUAUUAUUAUUAUUAUUAUUAUUAUUAUGAUCAAUUGCUAAAUACUUAUUUUGUUUAUUUUAGAGUGAAAUAUUACAAUAAUAUAUCUUAUUAAUAUUAUUACUUUUCUUGUUUUUAUUAAAUCUUAUAUUUUUAACAAGAAUAAUUUUAUUCAUUGUUACGAUUACUAGAAUAUAAUUAUUUUUAAUAACCAUAUUGAUAUAUAGCAUUUUUGCCAAACUGUGCUACGCAAAUCUAUAAAUCUCAAUAACCCAAAAUCGUGCAGCCCUACUACUUCCUCCAACUCUAUACAGCAAUAAUAAUCCAUAGUGCAUUAUUGAAAUCCAAUAUGUGUGAUUAUAUUGUACUAUAAUUAAUUACUACUGAAUUAUUCCAAUAAAGCAUGAGGCUGUGGAACUGUUACUAUAGCAAUAAGAUUAUAAUAUUAAAUAUAUGCACUUUUUUACGUCGGUACAUGCGUGUUGAUUAUAUCCAGUUUUACGAUAAUUGUCUGCCCUUAAAACUAUAAUAAUGUAACAGCGACGUACCAAAAUUGAGAAAAUUCACGAAACGUCUUGCCUUUCACGUAUAAGGGAAAAUCCUAAUGCUUCCAGAGGUUGAAUAUAUAUCUCUUUUAAAGCGUACUACAUAUUGUUUCGUGUGUGAAUUUAAUCUGAAAUGUUGCUAGAAUCUCACUCGUCUUUUCAAGACUAACUUAUCUGGAAAUAUACUCUAUGCAGGUGCAUAAAAGCAGGCCCGCUGUACAUAUCUCGCACGCAUAAUUGCAUUAAAAAGCUCCGUUCUCAAGGGGGGAGAUGGUUUCCUUCGAAUGUGAUUGUAAUUGAAUUAAUUAUUAAGGUUUCUGGCUUCGCACGUGUUGACUAACUUUAACCCGAGUUCGAAUCCUGACUCUUUCUCCCAUUUCGCUUCCUGUCGACUCUGAUCUGUCCUAUCAUAUAAAAGCGAAACUUCCAAAAAUAGCAAAUUCCCAGUAGCUGACUGUAGAAGUUAAUUUAGGCUAAUCAUUAGUUAUAGCGCCCCCCGUUGGCAACGUUAAGAAUACGUCACAAAGGUACGUCUUCAAAAUGGCUGUCCGACACAGAAUACAUUUCAGCUUGAACGCUACCGUUUCAAGCAAUCUGUGUACUUGCGUAGAGUAUCUUUCAGGCCUGCAAUAUGGUUGCACUGCAAAACAGCCACCAGCCAAAAACCCCACUAUCUUUGUGGCCGUUUGGCAUCCUGCUCUUGCUCUAAUCUGUUAAACGCUGACAGCUUAAUCGUAAGCCUGGACCGUCUACAUGCAGUCUUUCCUCUAUUACAUCACUUACAAUCAGUGACAAUGACAUCAGCAGUGCUGCUUACGACAUCGCUGUACCUUCGUUUGCCGGCACCGUCAACUGCAUGUAGCAGACUCUAUAUUUUAUGCUUUAGCAGUAAAAAAAAAAGUGAAUAAUUAGUUUUAAUUGUUUCACAACGAUUGCCUUAAAAUGAAUAACCUAUGCUGCUUCACUCGUCUGAACAUGUCUUUUGGGUUUAACCGUUUUUUGUGAAAUUCAGGUGUAUCUGACCUUUAAGCAUUCUGUAUGUUUAACUGUCGAUCCGUAAUUGUCACUCAGCAAAUGACUUGAUUCAAUAAAAGAAAUUAUUCUCUUGACAA